AUGCUUCGGGGUGUGGAGGUGUGUGGAGAAGGAACCAUUGGUCAUGUGAGAUCUCAAGAAGAAUGGCCAUUGACCACUUCUCCAAUUGGGUCUGAUGUAGCAGAUGAGAUUUCAGAAACAGGCUGUGACAACUUAUUGCACUGCUUGUCUUCUACUCUAGAAAAUGAUCCCGGAGAGCAGUUCCUGGUCUUUGGUCCCUCGGACCCCACUGUGGCUGUACGAGGUGGGGAAGCCGUACUUCCCUGCUCCGUGUUUCCAGCCAUGAGUCUGGAGGACAUGGAGGAGCUGAGGUGGUUCCGCACCAGAUUCUCAGAAGCAGUACUUGUCUAUCGGGACCAAGAGGAGCAGAAGGAAGGGCAGAUGCCUGAGUAUUCCUGGCGGACCUUGCUGGUGAAGGAUCAGUUCCAUCAAGGGAAGGCUCCUGUGAGGAUCCAAAAUGUCCAGGCAUCAGAUAGUGGGAUAUAUGUCUGCCACUUCAAACAGGGAUUGUUCUAUGAAGAAGCCAUCUUGGAACUGAAGGUGGCAGGUUGCUAUCUUCUCAGAAGAGAACAUUCUGCAAGACGAGAGGUGCAGCAGAAACUGAGGAAUCUUCCGCGUGAGAAGGAUGAGUUACAGCAGACAAAGGAGGAUGCUCUGAGGACUACAAAUGUACUCAAGGAGGAGCUUGGUCGAAGGAAAGCAGCCUACAAUGCUGCCUGGAGAAAGGCCCAGCUGUAUGCAGAUUGGCGCAAGGAGCACUUCCAGGCCUGGACUUUCACUCUGGAUCCAGACUCUGCCCACCCCAACCUUGCCAUCUCUCAGGAUAAGAUGAGUGUGACCCAGAAGGAUUCCACUGUGUGCUUGGAUGACCUCUUCACUGUGUUAGGCAUCAAAGGCAUCUCUUCUGGAAGAUAUUACUGGGAGGUGAAGCUAAGAAACAGAGAAGGCAGCAAGUGGAUUCUCGGGGUCUGUAGGGAAGGUGUGGACAGGAAAGACUUUUAUUUUGAGAGACCAGACAAGGGGUUUUGGACCGUGGGGCAGUCUGGUAGUGGAUAUUGGGCCUAUAUUGACACUGGGAGGGCUUCAUUAUCCAUCGGGCAAGCUCCGCAGAGUAUUGGGGUGUUUGUGGACUACACUGAAGGUGACAUCUCCUUCUAUAACAUGAGUGACAUGUCCCACCUUUUCUCCUUCCAUGAAGCUUCCUUCUCUGGGAAUCUUUUUCCAUACUUCAGGAUUAGGUCUGGAGAAGUCUCAAUGAUCAUCAGCUCCAUGACAUGUGCAUCUGAGGUGGGGGAGGGAGAAGAGGGGAGGAAAGGAAAGAAAAGAAGUAGGGGGAAGGAAAGGGAGGAGGGCAAAGACGGGGAAGAAAAAAUGAUCCUGGAGGUGAGGAAAAUGGAUGUUGACAUUGGAGCGAGCCCAGCUUAG